UAUGCCUGCCCAAAACUGGCUCAUCGGUGAUGAUGCUUGGAUCGCGCCUUAGUUUCUGUUGCUAGGGACUCCCUGGGCACCGAUAUAGGUGUCGGGCCUAUGUGUGCCGGGACAGCACGGUGUACUGAGGUCGCAGGUAGGUGGCAACUAUGGGGAGUUGCCUGACAGGGCGUCAACAUGUCUGUCGCAUCGAAUGGAACUGAAGCAGAAGAACUGGAUGACAUGGAGUUAUACCAGCUGAUUGAUGAUACAGCUUCUGCAACAACAUAUGACUCCGAUACAGAAAAGAAAAUGAAGAAGAAAAUAAACAAGCCGCCCAGGACUCCCAAGUCGCCUUACCUCUCCAGCACAAAGCUUGGACCAAAAAAGGCUCCAGUGUGGCGAUCCUUGAAGGGGACUGGUCUAAUGCACACAGAAAAUCCUAUGGCCACAGUUCCACGACAGCUGUGGCUUGCUUCCCUUAAACAAGGCAAUGGUCUAACUCAGCCAUUAAAAGCAAGCAGUGAUAUUGGGCAGGCCUGGACUACUCCCACAAGCAGCACUCCAGAGUAUCUGAAGGAAGCUCUUGGGAUGAAGAAACCCAAGUACUCCCGUUCUUCUAGCAAUGGUUAUGUUCCUGGUACCCCAGACUACAAAGAAAAAGAAGAUAUGUAUGACCAGAUAAUAGACUUGAAAAAGAUGUUGCAAGCUCAGAAGACUGAGGCCGAUAUUAUGAAAACAAAACUGAGACGCUUAGAAGAGGAAAAUAACCGAAAAGAUCGCCAAAUUGAACAGUUACUGGAUCCUUCCAGGAGCUCAGAUUUUGCAAGAAGCCUAGUGGAUACAAAAAGUGACAGCAGUUUGGUUGUAAAUAAUCUCCGACAGAAGGUCUUAAAAUUGGAAAAACAGUGUAAGGAAAAAGAUAGUGCGCUUAGCAAACUCCAGUCAGAAUUAAAAACAACAAGCCUGGAAGAAAUGAAGAUAGCAAUGGAAACGUACUAUGAAGAGAUCCAGCGGCUGCAAACUCUGCUGGUCAGAGCUGAAGCUACAGGGAGAAGAUCUCCACCAGAAAGCAAAGAGUCCCAGAAGCAACAGAAGGUGCUAAAAUCUGCUGUUAUGAGAUUAUCUAAGCAAAUCAAAGAGCUGCAAGAGGAGAAUGGAAGCCUGAAAGCUGAUCUGAACAGAGCUAUGUCUCAGUCUCCUACAUCAACAAGGAAAAAAGAUUACACCGAAUGGAGCAAACAAAGACUUGUUAGGAGAAUUUCAGAGCUGGAAAAGAAGCUGGAAAAACUAGAAAAGCCAAAUUCCUCAUCAACUGAGCAGGAAAUAGGAGCUCGGGUUACUGUUGUAGCUAAUUCUGCCCAGGGAGAUGUCUCAUUUCUCCCUAAAUCUGAUCUUCAUGAGGAGUGUGAACGCCUAAGGACCAUACUCAAGAAAGUCAAAGAAGAUCGAGGAACUCUACAAACACUUCUUGCCACUAAAGAGUCAGAGAUAAGAAAACUACAGCAGGAGAAGGCUAAUUUGGACAUGCAACUACAAAAAGCCAAAGAGAGGAAUGAGGAGAGAGAAGAAAUACGCAGGCUAAAUCAAAAAAUUAAAAAUUUGGAAGCCAAGCUGGAGGAUGAAAAAUGUGAAAAAGAGUCUAUACUUGAAGAUAUGAAAAAGACUGCAUCUCAAGGAUCCCGUCCAAACUCAGCCAAAAGUGCAGCAUCAAGACCAGGGUCUGCCAGCUCUGCUAGUGGUAAAAAGCAACAAGAAAGACAAAAUGCUGCAGAACUCAUACAGAAGAACUGGAGGCUAUAUAAAAGCAGGAAAGAAAAAGUUGGUGUGGAAGAUAUGGAAGAGACAGCCGUGCUGCUUCAGUCAGUUCUUCGAGGGCAUUUAGCCAGACAAACCAUAUUAUCCUCACCUUCAGAAGCUCGUUCAUCCUCUCUAGGAGCAAAUAUUCUCCAGGACCCCAGUACAUCACAAAACUACAGUUUGACAGAUGUAAGCAAAGAUGAAGACGAUGCUGUGAGCUUUCUCCAAGCUGCUUUCAGAGGACACUUGGCUCGCAAAAAACUACUUGAAAACAGCGAACUGACAGCUAGAGUAAGUUCUAACAGGAAAAGCAGCAGAGAAAGCAUGAAAUCACCAAGAUCCAGGAUAUCCUCAAGCCAAGAUGUUCCGUAUUCUUUAGCCAGUGAAAGCAGCGAGGAAUGCACUGAAGACCCAAUAUUUGGAGAGGAGAGGGCAGAAUCAAGACUUAGAAAAGUUGCAUCCCAACGUCCACCUUCAGCUUUAGGGAGGAGGCAACAGCGUGAAGAAGAAGUGCCUUCUGAUGAUUCCGAUGACAUAAUUGUUGUACCACCUUCUAGGCCCCCUAGAAGAAAAGACUCUGACUUCUAGUUUUUAAUUUUUUAUUUUUUUUUGGUACUGUGCCUUUCCUCUUCCUAAAAGUGCCAGAACAUUUCCUGUAGCAACCAAAGUCUGAGUCUUCAAGAAACACAAUUUUCAUGUUUUGGAAUUCCACUCCUAUGUGAGCUUUACAUCAUACAACUUACCAGAUGGCACUUAGUUAUUUAAAGCUGGUUCUGUAAUAAAAACAGACUCCUCAGUUUUGGAGUAUAUUCGUUAGAAUAUCUGUCUGGUGCUGAUUACAACUGUUACUGCUGCUUUGAGAGUUUGAUAUGUUAAAAUUAUGAAGAAAACAAGUGACCCAGGUUCACUCUAGCACUAAUCAUAGACUUUGGAUAACCAAAGUUCCAGGCAGAUUUAUCUCUUGUUUAAGUUAUAAUUAGUGUAGUCAUUUUCAAACAAUGUUCAAUGAUGCAUAACGUUAACUUAUUGCAUUCUAAGGGCAGUGAAAUAUGGGGUAAUAAUUUGCAGCUAGGUAUAUGCUGGAAAUUACCUUCAAUAUGGCAGCUGUUUCUUGGUUCCUCUGGCCACUAAUGCUCAUGGUGCAAGGAGUGUUUUGACUGCCAAUGUACUCAGCCCAAACACAGCAGAAGUAAAAUACUCCAUGUACCUUUUUAAUUGUGUUUGCUGUGCAGUUUCAUGUUUAUCACCUGGGAAUGAAUGGUGUAGGAAAGGGAAAAUCAACACUAAAAACUGUUUUUGCUCAAUUUCUUUUUGAUUUGUAUAUUGAUCUCCACUGGAAUCACUUAGGGCUGUGACACACGGGGAGAUUAGUCGCCACGCGAGAAAUCUUCCUUGUCGGAGGCGACUAAUCUCCCCGUUUGUCACAGCCCUUAAAGGAACAGUUCGGUGUAAAAAUUAAACUGGGUAAAAUAGAUAGACUGCACAAAAUAAAAAAUAUUUGUAAUAUAGUUAGACAAAAAUGUAAUCUAUAAAGGCUGGAGUGAUCGGAUAAUAGCCAGAACACUACUUCCUGCUUUCAGCUCUCUAACCUCUUGGUUAGUCAGUGACUUUAGGGGGCUACAUGGGACAUAACUGUUCAGUUAGUUUGUGAGCACACAGUUAUGUCCUAUAUGCCCCCCCUCCCUCGAGUCACUGAUUGGUUACUGGCUGCUAACAGCUUAGAGAGAUGUAAAGGAAGAAGUAGUGUUCUGGCUAUUAUGUUAGACAUCUGCCUACUCCAGCCUUUAUAGAUUACAUUUUUGCCUAACUAACUAUAUUGAAAACACUUUUUUACACUGCACUGCUCCUUUAAGGUGAUCAUACAUUGGACGAUAAAAGCUGCCAAGACAUGGCAGCUUAUUGGCCUGUGUAUCAGGCUUGACCGAUAUCUGACCGAAAAGGUUUAAAACUCUUACUGGCUUGUAUAUUGGGCUUGACCGAUAUUUGGCCGAUCAGGUAGGUUUAAAGCUCCUGUUGGAGUGAGGAGAGCAUCAGUGCAUUGAGGCCUACGUCCUAUCAAUGUGAUUUGAUAGUUUGACCUUUUGUCAGACUUUCGGAUUAAUCUGAUAUCGGCCACCUCAAGGUGGACAUAUCGGGGAAUGAUCCAUUUGUUUGGCAACCUCACUAAUGAACAGAUCUUUCAGUGUAUGGCCACCUUUAUCAAAUGCAUUUAUAAACUGUUAUAUGAUUUCCAUGUGUUCAUACCCACAUUUUGUGACCUGGAAAAAAAUUCAAGUUGUCAGAAAAUGUUCCCAUGGUUAAGAAGAUGAUUAUUUUAAAGGGAAACUUUCAUGAAAUGAAUAAUCACUGAAAUGAAUCAUCAUAUCAAGUUGUUAAUGUCUUUAAAUAUAAUGUAUUAAAAUUUUAUACCAUUCCAGUUA